ACAGCAGUGUCACACACAGUGACGCAAAUGAACAGCAGCUACAACCACAUCAGUGUUCCUUCCUCUUGCUGUGCAGAAGGAAGUCAAAUAUUUUUUCCCAUCAGAGAUUUUAACAGACAGGUGAGCACCGCAGAACAUCCAGAAACAUGAGCGACAGUGGAGGAGCGGGAGUGACUCCGAUCUUCAACCAGUCCUCAGUGUCCAACCAGACGAACGCCAGCGAACAGGUCAUCACCUCGGCUAACAUUUUCUUCCUGCUGGUCUACACUCUGGUGUUUCUGGUUGGUUUGCUCCUGAACGGCUUCACGCUGAAGGUUUACUUCUGCCGAGGUCAGCAGCAAGUGUCGAGCAGCGUGACCAUCUACCUGAAGAACCUGGCAGCCGCCGACUUCUUGAUCAGCCUCUGUCUGCCCAUCCGAAUCACCAACUACGCCAGCAGCUCCGUCGAAGUCCGCCGGGUCUACUGCAACUUUGGUGCGUCCGCCUUCUACCUGAACAUGUACGCCAGCAUCCUGUUCAUGGGUUACAUCGCGGCCAACAGAUAUCUGAAGAUCAUCCACCCGUUAGGAACUCACAUCCUGCAGACGGUGCGAGCCGCUUACAUCAUCUCCACGGUAACCUGGCUUCUCCUCUUGGCCAUGAUGAGCACGUACGUCACCGUGUCGCUCCUCACCCAGGAGCCUUCACCCUCCGUCUCCAGCGCCUUGGACUGUGACGUCCUGCACAGCAAACAGCUCAAAAUCUUCUACAAAAUGGUGCACGCCAGUUCGGCCGCCAUCUUCCUGCUCGUCCUCGUCUCCCUCGUCUUCUUCUACUACAGCACGUCCCAUCGGCUGUCGCUGGCACAGAAGCAGCGGCCGGCGUCCCCCGGCUCGAAGAAGCUCGCCAAGUCCCGCCGGAACAUGUUGGUACUUGUCAGCGUCUUCUGCAUCUGUUUCGUGCCGUACCACCUGGUUCGCCUUCCCUACGCAUUCAAGAAUCCACGGUUUGCGUGGGGCCAGGCGUUCUACUACUUGAAGGAGCUGACCAUCAUGGUGUCGGUCCUCAACGUGUGCCUGGACCCGCUCAUCUAUUUCAUCUUCUGCAAGGCCUUCCGCCAUCAUCUGAGCCUGCGGAGGCGGUCCAGCGACACACAGCCGGCGACGCACGGAGCAAACGGCGAGAGGAGGAGCAGCGACGGGCGCACCAGCACCAUCAGAUUCAACCGGAAGACGUCGCUCACCACCACGAUAAAGCCGAUCGGUGUGCUGUAGCUCAAAGACACCGACAUCUGAACUUGUGUUGUUUAAAACAACAAUUAGUCCGUCACAUACUGAGGCUUGGUCAGUGGCUCUCAGCGUCAGAUUGUAGACUGUAGAUAGACUA